CCACUCACUUCGGCCUCACUUGAUGAGAGAGCUUCACCAUCUCCGCCCCGCCCCCCCGAGCUGAAGCCUCACUCGGCAUCUCACAUACAUCGAUCGACAACCGAGAGCUCUCGCCUUGGCAAAGCCGCUCGGCUCAGCGAUCCGACUCCCGUCCUGCCCGCGAGAUUUGAAUUUUCUUUUUGAGAAGCGUCUCAUCCACGCGCCGCCCAGCUUUGGCUUUGGCGCCGCAGCGGCCGAGCGAGUAGGGCCACCGAGCUCACCACCACCACCACCACCACCAUCACCACCAUCACCGCCCGCGCGCCCCAUUCGCCGCCGCCGUCGUCGCAGUCGUCGUCGCGAUGCCCGGCCAACUGCACCCCACCGUGGCCGUCUCGGCGCCGGGCAAGGUGCUGCUGGCGGGCGGCUACCUGGUGCUGGACCGCAAGUACACGGGGCUCGUCUUUGGGCUGAGCGCGCGCAUCAACGUCGUGGCGGGCGCCAUCCACACGAGCCAGGGCGUCCAGGUCAACGAAAUUGUCGUCGAGAGCCCGCAGUUCCUCGAGGCCCAGUGGCGGUACGGGUACCACUUGGCGUCCGAGGGUGGCGGCAUCAAGGUCACGCAGCUGCAAGUGUGAGUCUGGAAGACAGCAAACCCCCCCCCCCCUUGUCCCCCAAAACAAAAGAACCCCUUUUGGCGCGUGCCGCCGUCCGGUUUGUGCGAUGUCGCGUGCCUCUCUGUCUGUUUCCUCGGCCGCGGGUGGGUUCCGAAGCGAGACGGAUAUGACGGACAUCUCGCACGGCGGGAGGAGGUUACACUCACAUGUCGUCCGACCAAGGCCGAUCCAUCUCGCUGACACGCACAUGUCUUUUCGCUUUCGCGCGCGUAGGGGCUCCAAAAUACAAGCCAACUCGUUUGUUGAGACAACACUGAGCUAUGCGCUCACCUACAUUGCCGCGCACUCGGCCGGGGGUCGGAUCAGCGCGGCGCGCCUCAUCGUCCUUGCCGACAAUGACUACUACUCGCAGUCGACACCCACGCCGGCCGACCCAGCCAGGGGCCGCUUCGCCAAGUUCGCCGUGCCGCUGAGCGGCGCCAACAAGACGGGGCUGGGCUCCUCGGCGGCGCUCGUCACGUCGCUCACGGCGGCGCUGCUCAGCCACUACCUCCCGCGCGACGCCUUCGACGCCUCGACGCCCGAGGGCCGUCGCACGCUGCACAACCUCGCGCAGGCGGCGCACUGCGCGGCCCAGGGCAAGGUCGGGUCCGGUUUCGACGUCGCGGCCGCCGUCUACGGCUCCUGCACGUACCGGCGAUUCUCGCCCGCCGUCCUCGCCGGGCUGCCCGAGCCGGGCGCUCCCGGCUUCAGCGACCGGCUCGUCGCGACGGUCGACGACGCAGCCUCGACGUGGGACGUCGAGAUCGAAGGCGGCGACGACGACCUGCGCCUUCCGGCGGGCGUGGCGCUGCGCAUGUGCGACGUCGACUGCGGCAGCCAGACGGUCGGCAUGGUCAAGAAGAUGCUCGCGUGGCGCGCCGGCGACGACGCCGAGCGGGCGACGCAGCUCUGGGACGAGCUGCAGCACCGCAACGAGGCGCUCGCGGCGGCCCUGCGCCACGGGCGGGCCGACGAGCUGCCCGGCCUGCUGGCCGCGGUGCGGGAGCGCGUCCGCGACAUGGGCCGCCGCAGCGGCGUGCCCGUCGAGCCCGAGGCGCAGACGGAGCUGCUGGACGCGCUGGGCGGCGUCGAGGGCGUCUACGGCGGCGUCGUGCCCGGGGCGGGCGGCUACGACGCGCUGGCGCUGCUGAUGCGCGACGACGACGGCGGCGACACGGUCCGCAGGGUCGAGGCGCGGCUCGCCGCGUGGAGCCGGGACGGCGGGAAGGGGUCGCGCGUCCGGCUGCUCGACGUCAAGGGCGAGACCGAGGGGGUUCGCCUCGAGAGCCUGGACGAGUACCGCGGGUGGCUGGCGUGAUGUUGAUGACGUGUUCAUACACACAAAAAUGAAGAUGUGUAGUCUUGACCGUACGUGCUACUUGACGCAUAUAAUAACACAUACACAGAAGAAGGAAGGGAAAUGCCAGCGAUCCAGACUCGACGAGACAAGGUCAAGCCUGGACAGACUUCUUUUCCCCUCAAAUCGUUCCAGACACUGGUGACUGUUUCUAUUCUUAUUAAUCUAGUCUACAGUGACGGACCACGCCGA